AGAGCGACCGAGCCCUUGGACGGAACAAUUUGCCGCUUUGGCCGCCAUUUUUUUAGCUAGUCUCGCGGUCUUUGCCUCCAGUCCAAGGCUUCCAUACACUUCCAGAUCGAUCAACUGGUAAGAUCGCUCGCCAAUCGCCACGAACGAUCGCUCUAGCAGCGCUGCGUAUCUUCUUCCACGAUGCAUGAUUCGCGCUUCGUCAUCCCGGCCCCGGUGAAGCCGCAGCAGCCCCGCCGUUCAAAUCCCGCCCAGCAUCAGCUCCACCAGCAUCAGCUCCAGCCACAGCCAGAUCUCCCAAUGUCGUCGGAGCGAUUGAGGGCAAUGAGAGCGUCGGCGUUCCGCGCGGUGUGUAGAGGCCCUUCGUCGGCGGCGGGGCAGAAUGCCUCCGCCGCCUCCGCCCCCGCCAAGAUGACGUGCCUCUGCGCUCCCACCUCCCACCCCGGAUCUUUCAGAUGCCGGAUGCAUCGCGCCCAACAGCAGCAACAGCAACACCAUUCUCCUCCUCCUCAUCCACUUCCGCCGCCUCAAGCUUCUUCCACCGCCACCGCCGCCAGCAGUAGCGGAGCCAGAUCCAAAUUCUCCGGCGGCGCCGCGCCCCGGCCGGCCCAGAUCUCGUCCACGCUCAAGACGUGUAGCCGCUGCCGCGUGAGGGGUCCCAGCCGGCUGAGCACGGUGGUGUUUGCGAGCGGGCGGGAGCAGGAGGAGACGAGCGAGGAGCCGGAGAUCGCCACCAUCCCCAUCCCAUUGCCGGUCGUGAGAUUGUCGCACCACGCGACCAUCCACCGGGGGAUCUCGGCGGCCACCAUUGGGGCCCGAUUCUGUGCGUUGCGGAGGCUCCAAGGAUCGGGCAAGGAGGACUUUUUGAGGCUCAUCCGGCCCACGAAUCCCCGGCCCAUUCUCUUGUCGACGUAGUAGCCGCGCGGAUCUCCUCCCCCUCGCUCGUUUCGAUCGAUCGAUCACGGUGUAAAUACUUCCUCCUCCUCCUCCUCCACCGCUUGUGCUUUCGUGUGAGUGUCCAAAUUUUUUCUUUUUGCUCCCUCGAUGCGAGAAGAGUAUCGAGGGCCCCAAGGGAUUAGAAGAAGAAGAUAGCACUAGACCAACAACAGUAGAGAGUUUAAUGCUCUCCGUUAUCUUCUUCCAUGUACACUAGCAAAAGCUUUUCUACGAUUAAAAUCGUCGCUAGAUAGUUAGCUCGGGUGUG